AUGACGUUGCCCAGCCGUAUCUUCGUGAACUACAUUCUGGAGUCAGAGGUUGAAAUGUGCGGUCGAUAUGCUUUGGGGGUGCGGAUGGCGUAUGUCCGACAACAUCUCCAGGACAGAGGAAUGCCCGUAGAUGAUGCGCCAGAAGAUGACGAAGUCAGAGAGACCUACAAUUUUGCCCCUGGCAACUUUGGUGCUGUCUACAGAGCUGAGAUCCCUGACAAAGAGCGCGCGCAUAAUGAAGAUCGUUCGGGACAGAACGCAGACCACGAUUUGCACGAGGUGACCGAUGAUGCAGAGAAAACACAUACAAGAUAUAAGAUCCAGAGUAUGAAAUGGGGAUUGAUCCCAUCCUGGACCAAGAGACAACCAGACUACGGAUCUCUAAUGCGCACCAUUAAUUGUCGGGAUGACUCACUUAUGGAGGAUCGGGGGAUGUGGACAUCCAUGAAGCGAGGAAAGAGGUGCAUCGUAGUCUGCCAGGGCUUCUAUGAAUGGUUGAAGAAGGGCCCAGGAGGCAAGGACAGAAUUCCACAUUAUGUCAAGCGCAAGGAUGGUGCCAUGAUGUGCUUUGCGGGAUUAUGGGACCGUGUUUCAUAUGAAGGAACCGACGAGAAAUUAUACACUUACACUGUCAUCACAACCUCUUCAAAUCCCUACUUGAAGUUCCUCCAUGAGCGCAUGCCCGUCAUCCUGGAACCUGGUUCGGAAGCUAUGAAGAUGUGGCUUGAUCCACAUCGCAAGACAUGGUCGAAGGAGCUACAAUCCAUUCUAAAACCCUAUGAGGGUGAGCUGGAGUGCUACCAGGUCCCUAAGGAAGUCGGAAAAGUAGGGAACAACUCCCCUGGCUUUAUUGUUCCAGUUGACAGCAAAGAAAACAAGAGCAACAUUGCAAAUUUCUUCCCUAGCACAAGAAAGAAAGAUGAAAAGCCCAGUUCUACGAUUGACGAAUCUCCGAAAAAGGAGCCAGGGAUUUCAAGUCCUGACAUAAAGCCUAAAAAGGAAGAAGAAGAAACCGAAACGAUAGCAGCCGGUGUGAAACGAGAACAUUCCCCAGAGUCGCCAACCAAAAGGGCCCAAGAGACGAAAGUCCAGCAGGGUAGUCAUUCUCCUAAGAAACCAAAAACACGAAGUGCUACAUCUAAUACACCGAAGAAAACUGGCGCAACAAAACCGACGGAUGGAUCUCAAAGAAUCACAAACUUUUUCGAGAAAUAG